AUGGGACCGCGACCGCGAUCCUGGGCCCUCGCGGGGUUUUUCGAGAACUCCGAUCCCUUCGCGGAUAUCGCUCGUGCGACGGCCAACGCGGACGAGGACGAUGAUGCGAUCGAUUUUGAGGAUACCUACGAUGGCCUCGGAGAUCAGCUCGACAACGAUCAGGAUGCCUUCAACGACGACACUUUCGGUGGUGGAGAGAGCAGGGCCGUCGGCAAGGAUUUCGACUUCUUUGGCAGGACUGCCCAGGUGUCCGAUGCCAUUGGGGAGGAGCAGGUUCGCCCAGGCUCCUGGAAAUCCCCCCCAGACAGCGACGGCUCACGCGGCACCCCCUCCAAUAAGCGCUCAGGGUAUGAAAAAUACUCCGACCCGGGCUUCAUUCCGGAUCUGCAAGCCAAGUCGAGCGUCUGGGGCACAUCGCAGAAGAAACCGGAGCCGGUUCCCACCCAGGCCCCGAAUCGAAAGAUGAUGAGUCUGGAGGAAGUGGAGGCUCAGAUGCGUAGGCUGGCCCCGCAAGCGGCGCCGAUGCCAGCAAUGCACUCGCUGCCUCAGCCCGUACCCGAGCCGUCGUACCCGCAUCCACCGCCGCAGCACCUGCCCGAAGGCUUUCCUCCGAUGCCUCCAGAGCUUAUGGCUCAGCUUGAGAAAGGCGUGCUCCCACCGCACAUGCCACCUCCGCCUCCGGGUGUCUCAGAACUGUGGCCUGGGCCUGGACAUCCUCCGCCCGGAGUGCCACUGCAUCUCCUACAGAAUGCCAACCUUCCGCCGCAGAACAUGCCACCCUCGGGCCCGCAACGGCAAGCAGGCCCGCCUCAAGGCCAGAGACAGCAGCAAAUGCCGCCGAUGGCACGAGGACCGGGCAAUAAUGGGAUGCCGGUGAUCACCAACCCUCAGCAGCUAAUGCACCUGACGGAAGACCAACGCAAUGCCUAUCUGGUGGAGGACGCCAAGCGGGCGAAACGCAACCACAAGAUCUUUCUCUUGUCCAAAGGCAACGGCCUAAUGACACCGCAGGACAAGAACUUCAUCACCCGCAUCCAGUUGCAGCAAUUGGUGGCGGCGGCCGGUAACGUGACGGACUCGGACCUAGAGUCCGUUCUCACAGAAGACUUCUACUAUCAGGUCUACAGCCAAAUCCGUGGUGCACCGCGUCAACAUCCCCACCAACCUCUUGGUCAUUUCGCACAGACGUACCUUCUCCAGACCGGUGCCCGAUUUGGGCAUGGUCGACGGGCCCUACAAAGUGCUGACAACCACAUGCAGCGGAUGCAGCAGCAGGUGCAGCGUGCCGUUGAGGCGGCCAAGGCGAAGCCCAAGAACAAGCAGCUCAUUAUUGAGGGCAGCUUGGGCAAGAUCUCGUUCAGCAAUGCGAAGGCGCCGAAGGCAAUACUCAACAUCAAACGGCCCGACAGCUCGGAGGGUGCCAAGCCGGCGAGGAAGAUACAGUCCGAUUUGAGUCUCAGUGAUCGUAAAUCGAUCCUGACAAAUCUCGAAGCUGUCUACAGCGCCCUGAUGGCAAUGGAAGACAUGGAGCGCACCAUGCCCCCACCCCCAGAUGAGAAUGACCCGGAGGCAAUCCAGGAGCACUUGGAAUGGCGGCAAAAGGUCCACACGCUGAACCAGAAACUCUGGCGAUCUCUCAAGGUGAUGGAGCCAAUUGUUCCCAACUCGACAACGCCCCACCCUUUCAUUGCACUCCUGUCCUAUCCUAAGGGAAAGAAGGCCAUCCCUCGCAUCUUCCGCCACAUCGACCAGGAACAGCGGGUCACUAUCCUGACGAUGAUUGUGGUGCACCUGGACAGUUUAGACGUGGUGCGUCUUGCACAGCCGACCCCCGGUGAAGCGCAGCCAUCCCUGGCUGUGCGCGAAGCGAUCGACCUGUUCUCGCUGGCCGUCAUGCCGAGCUUGCUGGGCUACGUGAACGAGGCGCCAUUCAACAUCAUCAUUGGCCUGCUGGGACUGGUGAUUGCUCAGACUCAUCUUCAGUCGGUGGCCCGGACCAAGGUCGGCCUUGGGAUCCUCACCAUGCUGCUCAGUCGUGCUGAGAUCGUCAAGGAGGCUGGUCAGGCCGCGGAGCGCGACUGGCAGCAGUGGGUGGAGAAGUUCAAUGUCUUGUUUGAUACGUUGGAGCCUGUCCUUAUUGAGAUUUUCCCCGGAUCGAUCAACUCGGGCGACGACAUGUACGUGUGGCAAUUCCUAGCCGCCGUCGGCAUCGGUGCCAGUCCCGAGCAACAGCAACGCUUGGUGAUUGCUGUCAAGGACCGCGUGAUGGAAACGGUGGCUUACAGCAAGACUCUCCCGGCCGACAUGGCCAGCCAGCGGUUGGGCAACGUCAACCUCUUCAUGCGCGCCAUCGGUUUGGAUGUCGAACUUCUUGGUUAG